UCUGCGUGUAUGUCCCUAAUAUGCUUUUAGUAUGUUGUCCCGGUGGAAAGAGCUGAAUAGAAAAAGGGAGCACCAGUCUCGAGCUACAUCACAUCUUCCUGUCUAUGCUUAACCUAUACAAGACAAGAGAGAGAUGGUAAAUAUGUUCAGAAGGCCAAACGUGCAGGGAAAUCCAACAACAACAAAGAUCCUGAGGUGUGGAGAAGUGUAGGAUGGAUGGAGAGUAUGGUUUUUCAAGGUUCCUGAAUUCCAUUUAAAAUGCAGUCACUGGGUUCAGUCUCAAGAAGGCGGUAAUGCAACAGGCUGGAUGCAGUCCGCCUUAAAAACAUAUGAAGAAGACGACGAAGAAGAAAAAGAAGGAAGAGAAACAAAACAGGACCGCGAUGGAGCCCGAUCGUUUAGAAAAACAAUGUUUCCACGCUGUCAGAAAACAUUUUGCCGUGUUGGGGACUGAAGCUGUUCUUGAUCUUCCAACGCCUCUCAUUAAGGAUCUCCUGCCUCAUCUGACAGUGUGCCAGCUGGAUGAGGUCCAGCCGGCUCUCAAUAGAAGAGGAUUAUCUACAUAUUCUGGAUGGUUUGAAAUCCUUCAGGAUUUGGUUGGCCCUAGCCGUGCAUUAGACUUCAGGACCGAAGAGGAGGCCAAACAUGAAGUCAUGUUGAGGCUUUUUACAUCUGUAUUCUACAGACUGAGAAACAGCUAUGUCUUAAAAAACAGUAUACAUUUAAAUACCAACUCUUUCUUAACUGCUGCAGCCAAAAGUGUUCACCAUUUUAUACUCAUUCCAUGUAUCCAUCAGGCCCUUCAAGCUUUAACUUGGGAUCAGCAGCCUCUCCUAGCACUGUUAGAGAAGCACAUAAGAAGUGUUCAUGUCAAUCACUUCUUGAGUCUAACAGAGAACAAAACUCAAGGUGCACUAUAUGUCCUCCAUCGCCUGCUAGACCAUGGGGUCACUACAAACCUUGUUGUAAGUAUCGAUUGUCCCCUGGCCCUGGCCUGGCUCCUGCAUGGACGUGGAUCCCAGUAUGUAAACCUGGAGCUGAAAAAACUAAUGUGCUGGGGUUCACAAACCUUGUCGCCCAGUGAAGAUGCAGUCAGGUGCAGUCCAGGUGAUGAAUCCACACCUUCAGACAAUCUGAGUGAUCAUGUUUCUCCAUGCAAACGGGCCAAGUUGUACUCUGAGUCUCUGGAGGAGGAGGAGGACAAAUCUGGAGUAUCGAGUGUUGCUGUAGACCCUCACGUUCUCUGUCAUACCUUUAAUCCAUGUGCUGGUCCCUCAGCUGGAACUUGCACAUUUGGGCAGAUUACCCAUCUGGAGAUCAGAACCUGUGGACCAGAUUCUCUCAACGGCCUGGGUUUUACCUUGCCGACAUUUUUCUGCCUUCAGUCUUUGACUCUUCACAGCAAAUCCAUCUUCAGGGAGUCAGAUGUGCUGGACUUUGCUGGAGCCCUGAAGCAGCUUUCUGACAGCUCCUGCAGCAGCCUUGUUCAUCUGAACAUUGGCCUCUUGCCUCACAUUGGACUCAUGAAGACCCUUCUGAAUGCAAGCCCCAGGUUGACAUCCUUAUAUGUAGAAUUCCAGACGGUAAUGUGGGGUCCGCAAUUUAAUCUGGAUCAUCUUGGGACUGCUGAGCCAGACAUUUCAGCAGAGCUUCCUCUGGAAAAGCUAACUGUUAAAGUAACCCAGCUCCAAACGGAUCCUCACUUCCUGACAUCUGUCCUGAGACGGUGCCCAUAUCUCACUUCACUUCACAUAGCAGGAAUGAGACUACCCACUGGGUCCAGUCAAAGCCAUCUCCUCAGCACUCUCUCAGAGUCCAAUCGCUGUUUAAAGGCUCUAAACUUAGAGGAUAUAAAACUGUGUGACUGUCUCCCUGACAUCCUGAAACUGCUGAGAGGCUGCAUGUUGGAAGAACUGUACUUCAUUGACUGUCGUCUCCUUGAGAGGUGUAUUAACCCCAAAAAAAGUCUUCUGGAGCUGGUGGCUGUUUUAAAGAUACCUUCACUUCACACUCUGAGUCUAGCACAGAAUCGGCUUGCUAGGAAUGUGUGCGUGCUGGCAGAAUUGUUCUCAGGAUCGUCACAGAGCUCACUGAAGCAACUGGACAUCAAGUCUAAUUUUAUUCGGCCUGCUGAUCUGCUGGAGUUUGCUGAGAGACUGAGGGAUCUUCAGCCCCCACACAGACUGACCCUUGACCUGAGGAAGAACCCGGGAGACCGAGACCCAGAUAUAUGGAACACUGCACUGCAGACGCUUCAACCUUUCAGCCUUGUGCUGGUUGAAGGAUGGAAAUCCAAUGACACAAUGGUGGAUCACAUCAGCAAUAUGUAAAAGAAAACAAUACAGAGCAUCACAUGGUUCCCACUGUGUGUACAGCAAGGUUAUUGUUUUUUUUAUGUCCUUUUGUGGAAGUGAGUGUAGACUGCUCUGUGCACAUCCUUGUAAAACUGAAGCUAACCUUUUGGAUGGCGCUUUCUGGCAAUUGUGGCAGUUCUUUGACUUUUAUGUUUGAAUUGUAUCACUUUGAAUGUCCUGUGUGUACAGUGUGUCUCUCUCAGAGAGAUAGGAACCAGCUCCCUCAUGACACUGCAAGGAUACGUGGAUAUAAACAGUGGAUCAAUUUGUAUCAUUUCAUUUGUUUUCUUGGAUCCAGAUGUGAUGAUGCAAGAAAAAAACACAGAUAAGUCCACAUCAAUUUGACAUAUGAAUGUUUAUUUAUUAAACCAAAAUCUGUUACACCUCCAGACUCGUCUCUGACACGGUGUGUGCUUGUGUGUGACAGUGGACAUGUACAACUGUGAGACUGACAAUGAGCAUUGACACAACUACCAAUUCAUUGUAAGUACGAACUAUGUAGAAAAAAAGCAUCCAAAACAUAGAUUAAAAAGAUCUUUGUCUUUUUUUAAGUUUGUUUAAAGCUAGUUAUUAAAGAUCUGUUUAAUUAUGAA